AUGUCGGACAAAGGACAAACUGAAGGACACUGGGAGUCACAUUCCUAUGCUUCUCGAACAACACAAGUUGGUGACAGUCCGGCGAUUACCGUUGGCAAAGAAGCUUCGGCACAAGGAACAUUCGAUCAUGGUAAACCAGUAGUGACUGAAUCUCAUGCAACCUCAUUUUCUGAUAAAGGCCAUCCAGGAACACUUGAAUAUAAAGAUGCAAAUGCUGAUCAACAAAAAAGCAUUCAAUAA